AUGACCAGUACAACUGGACUUUACGGCUCCUUUGCAACACUGGAUAUAUGACUUUUCACUUUUGGAUUUAACUUUUUAUAUCUAUAUUCACCAAUUCUCAGGGAUAACAUGGGCAUUUGUUAAAGUCCCCUCCAUCCAAGACUUCAGACCUGAGAAGCAUGUUGAUCACAAAGAUUGAAGCCAAGGAGGCUUGUGAUUGGCUGCAAGCAGCCGGCUUCCCUCAGUAUGUGCAAUUAUUCAAAGACUGCAGGUUCCCCAUUGACACUGAGUGGGCGAAGCGUGAUCACAACUUCCUGGAUAAGGAUGCACUCGACUCACUCUGCAGGAGAUUAAGCACUUUAAACAAAUGCGUGGAAAUGAGGCUGGAGCCGCGGAGAUCAAAACGCAGGGGAGACGACAUUGACGAAGAAGACUUCUGUGCCAUCAGCCCCAACUGGACCUAUGACAGGCGAACCCGACGAUGGCGACGCUGCGACUCCACAAUGGACAUCCAUGGCUUGUCUGACAGCCCCACUGUACCCCAUGAAGUGUCUCUGUGUGAUGUCGGCGACCGCCACGAUGUCUGCUCCAUCCACAGCUCCAGCAGCACUGAAAGUGAGGGUCACCACAAAAGUCACAGAGGCGCUGCCACCGACACAACCGCCUCCAUCAGUACUACCACAGACGAACAGGAGACCAGCAGGAGCUCUUCCCGCUGCUCCUCCACAAACAAGACACCUGCCCUGGAUCCCUCGCUCAGUGGACCCCCUUCCCCUGGUGAAAGUGGUGGAGGAUCAUCCACAAUGAGUCUGGAGGUUGAGGGCUGUUUCCCAGACAAACCGCCCAGGAAGAAGGGCACCAGUCUGCUCAGGAAGAUGGAGAAACUAAGACUGAGGGGAGCAACAGGCUUCCUCCCUUCUGCUCACAGUAGUAGUGAACGUGGAAGUCGGGCUCGGCACAUUAUCAGCGGGCCACUUCAGGUUCAAGAGGAGAACAAGAUGGAGCGGAUGGAGAGGCUGCAUGGUCCAUCAAGCCUGCAGGGUCGACCCAACAGCCGUUCAUCUUCCUCGCCCUCAUCUCCUCACACCAUCAGCAGCAGCAGUAGUAACAGCCACUCAGAGAGCAGCAGCACUGUCAGCACGCCCAGCCCGAUCACCCGGGUCAGGAGCAACUGCAAACGCUCAAACAGCGGUGUUGGGGUCAGUGGUGGAAUGACCCGGAACAACCAGAACUACACAGGAGCAGAGGACUACAGGAACCAGAUCAACAACAACAACAGCAGCCAUGACAGUCUGGUCUUCCAGAUCCCCCACGGACACAAACCGGGGACCUUUCCUACCUCGCUCGCACACAAAAACGCUAUCCUGUCCCCCAUCAUUGACAACACCUCAGUCAACUGGAGAACCGGGAGCUUUCAUGGUUACCGGGGGCGUCACAGUUGCCGCCGUGGCACAUCAUCCCUGGCCACCUGUGACCAGGAUCCCUCAUCUUCUUCAUCCUGUAAUGACGGAGUCCGCAGCCCGCAUGCUGUGCUGGAUCAUCGGCUGAGUGUCUAUGACAACGUGCCGGACGAACAGCAGCUGUCUGAAAGUGAAGGUGGCAGUGGCGGAAGUGGCAGCGAUGCAGAACGGAUGGCUGAGGAGUCAGAGGUGAAUCCAUUUUUGGCAGGUGAAGACGUUUUCUCGGCUCUGGACAGUGUUCUGGAGAGGAUCAGCGACCUCCAGCAUUUGGUCUCCACUUGGUCUGAAAGUCUAUCUGAGGAUGACUGUCAGGCAGCUUCCACCUCCUCGUCUUCUUCCUCCUCCACUUCCUCGUCUUCCUCUACUUCCUCCCAGGACUCACCUACCCAUGGCUCCUCAGCCGCCUCCCCCUGCCCCUCCUCCCCCAGCCAGAUUGACCUGGAGGUGCAGCAUCCAGAGGAGGAGGAGGAGGAUGAGGAGGAGGAGGUAAAGAGCCUUGAGGAGGUACCUGUGAACGGAGAGGGGCAGAAGACCUUAUCACAACCCAGGAGCAGAGUGAGCCAGCAGCUGCACUGGUCCAGCGAGCAGAGCCUGCCCUCACUGCCCACCAGUCCAGGAGUGGAGAACCAGUCUGUGUCCCAGUUCCUCCUGCUGCAAAAACUCUCCCUGCUCAAACUCACUGCUCUGAUGGACAAAUACUCUCCAUCCAGCAAGCAGGGCUGGAACUGGACUGUUCCUAAACAGCUGAGGAAGACCAAGGUGAUGGAAGUGAAAGGCCGGCGGGUGUUUGGGGUUCCUCUGCUCCUCAGCGCCCAGCAGACAGGAGAGCCACUUCCUCCGAGCAUCAUCAGAGCACUGGUCUACCUGAGGACAGAGUGUUUGGACCAGGUGGGUCUUUUCCGAAAGUCAGGGGUGAAGUCUCGUAUACAGUACCUCCGUGAGCUGGUGGAGUCUGACCCAAACGGCGUAUCUUAUGAUGGUCAGUCUGCAUUCGAUGUGGCCGACAUGGUGAAGCAGUACUUCAGAGACCUGCCUGAACCCAUAUUCACCAGCAAACUCUGCGAGACCUUCCUCCACAUUUACCAAUAUUUCCCCAAGGAUCAGCAGCUGGUUGCAGCUCAGGCGGCAAUCUUGCUGCUUCCUGACGAGAACAGGGUGGCGCUGCGAACGCUGUUGUUCUUCCUGUGGGAUGUGGUGGCCUGCGUGGAGGAAAACCAAAUGACUCCAACCAACAUUGCAGUUUGCCUGGCACCGUCGCUUUUCCACCUCAACACCCUGAAGAGAGAUGCCAACACAGCCAGGUUGAGUCAUAGGAAGUACAGCCUAGGUCGCCCAGACCAGCGGGACCUGAGUGAGAACCUGGCUGCCACCCAGGGCCUGGCCAACAUGAUCACUGAGGCCCAGAGACUCUUCCAGGUCAGAGAGUUUUGGCCCAGUCAGAGUUUAAGUACUGCAGGCACUAACGAGGACUCUCACUCUGAGGAGGGAGGACGACCAGCUUCCCCCAGUCAGAGCGAAGCUGAGGAGGAGCAGGAGGAGAGAAGGAGCAAGUUGCAGCUGAGCACCCAGCAACUCCUGAAGGAGGCCAGAGAAAAGAGCCGAGGCUGGGAGAGCCACCCAGCCCCAGAGCAUGUGGAGCUGGCCUUCAAGAGGAUGGACGACAACCUCCCACUGUUAAUGUGGCGCGGCUCCGUGGAGGUAGAAUCUACCCAGAAGGAGCUGCUCCAUCGGCUGUUGAGGGAGCAGGAGCUGUGGGAGAGAAGGCUGCACAAGGCUGCCAUCAUUCAGACCUUAUCCAAGGACGCUGAAGUCUACCGCUACCUCCUCCAGGGCCAAGGCCAUGGCCUGGGCUCCUGGCCCCCACAGGAGCAUCUGCUGGUCAGGACUUGGCAGGCAGACCCAUCCUCCGGUCCCCUGUACCUGUCCUCUGUAUCCACAGAGCACCCUGAAGUGCUGUUGGAGGGCAUUAGGGCCAAUGUCCACUCCUGUCUCUACCUGCUGGAGCCCACAGGAGCCAGGAAGACCCGACUGAUGCACCUCUGUCGAACAGAUACCAGGGGCCGGUCGCAGGAGUGGGACAGCAAAGUGAGCGGACAUCUUCUGGCCUCCGGUCUCCUGGCGAUCAGAGACUCCUUCAGAGCAGACCACAAAGAGACCAAAGUGUGAGUCAGUGCAGAAGUGGAAGCUGAGGAUGUUGCACUAAUGAGGAGUACUCACCCCCUAAACUUGUAGUCUGGUUAAACUGCAUCCCUUCCCACGUCAUGGAAGAAUGCUGGAAAAAAAAAGGAGACUAGAGCGUCAUUUUCAGAGGACUUUCUCAAAGUUUUAAAAAGUGAAACUCGUGGCCCAGAGCACAGCAAGCAGGGAAGGUGACCUAUGAGGGUUUCUCUGCGCCAUUUAUAUCUCUGUGGCUCCUUUUUCGAGUUCCUGUAUGUGUUCGCCUCUUUGUCAGUGACCUUGCAGAUUGCCAGCAGCACCCCUGCACUCCCCGCUGCGUCUGUUACGCUUCACACUCAAGUUCACAAAAAAAUGCAAACCAUGGCGAGCUUUGACAAAGGACGUUUUGAUGGGAGAACGGAAAGCUGAGGCCUGAUUUGACUUCUAACUGAGGGAAAAGGGCGAUAUGGUGCAAAAUGGACAUUGAAAUAAAAUGUUUUUAUCAGGAGCUGACAACUUUUUUUAAACCUUAAUAAAUGUUAACAAGAACAAGAGAAUCACAAAGUGAGUCAUUGUUCUCCAUCAAAUUAUUUCUGGUAGCCAGAGAAAGAGGCGGGGGAAACACAUGGCAGCUGCCAGGAUGAACAUCAGGAAAUAUGGACAGGAAACAGACUUUAAGCCACCAGAUGUUUGGCUUCAGUGGAAAGGAAAGAAGGGCAUCUGUUGAUCAGCAUGUGUACUACACCUACAACCUGGAAAAACGGCGCGAGGAGAUACAGCUGCCCUGAAAACCUAAAAACCUGAAAAGCGGUGCUGUCAUUCAAUGAUGGGACGCUGUCUGGAGUCAUGGUGACAUUUUCUGGCCAGAAAAUAGCUCAAAAACAGAAAUCGCAAUCUGAAACAGUCAUCCAUAAACCAAAGCCAGGUGAACUGAACUGAGGUUAGGUGGUGCAAUGACUCUCACAGAGACGUUUUCCUUUAAAACUUGGCACAGAGCAGCUGUAACAAGGAAUUAGCACAACAUCACAGACCAUCAUCACCAAUCGGAACGUCACUUUGUCCCACCUGGGUGACCGUUCAUACUUUUUAAUUCAUCCCUGUGACUUUGAGCCACUCUGUAACAGGACACACGUGUGACAGUUCAAAGAUGAGCGAUAUCUACCUCUCCACAGGACGACGCCACAGUUACGUGACACUGAAGCACAGCAAGCAUUGAGGGAGGCCUCGCCGUGCAGCGGGGAGGGGGGCGAGCCCUUUGUGUGUGCUUCCCGGCACUGUGACGGAUAUCCAACCAGACAACUCCCCCUCACAAACUUCCUGAAUUUUUUAACAUUUGUAUUUAUUCUUGUCAGUCAAGAGCGUGAUGUCCACAUGUCUCUGUGCUCGUACAAUCUUUAUUUGAUGUGGAGUUUUGACUUUCUAAGUCAAUUGUGUCCUACAUAUUUCCAAGUAUGAUUGUUGUGAACUAGGGCAGGUGUGUGCAUGUAAAUGUCAACAAACUCAAUUUUAUUCAAACACCAUAUUUCAGAUAGUUUAACUUAAUGUACAUCUAAAAGCAAAUCUUAUAUCUAAAUACAAAUCUCUUAUUUAAAGUGGAACUUUUGGAAGACGUUAUCUUGUUUGUUUGCGUGUGAAAUCUAAAUUUAUCAGUGCCAAACACCUAAUUAACAUGUUUAUUUCUCUCUG